CACCUUCUCAAGUAGGGACACCGCACGCACGCCGCUGUGCACAGGCACACUCGCCAUCAGAGCUGAGAGUGAGAGCACUGACCACAGAGCAGGUUAACAGAUUAACAGAUCUUCAGAAUAGGAUCAUUGCAUGAGGAUUUCGUUAGACAUUUCCUUGAUGAUGACGAAGAAGGGUUUGAGUGAACUACCCGAUUCUCGUGGGACACCAGCGUGGUUUUAAUCCAAGUUUCAGGUUGUCAACAGCCUAUAGGCCAAGGAUAUGGAUGUGUCUGAGGUAUUAGCAUGGUGAUAAUUCAACACUGGAUCAUCUCGAGUUAAAGUGAAACACUGAGGAGAGGAGACUUCUGAAGCAUCAUGAGCCAGAUUCGUGAGGUAGUUGAAAUUCUGUGCAAAUGCCUUAUUCAUUGCAUCAGUGCAUAUGGGAUAACUGCCGAAAUUCUUAGGAAAGCUAUGCGCAAUCGUGCCGAUGUUGUUCCAGAUAUGUGGUUAGCUUUACUUGAUGUACUUGAAGAUUCUACCAAGCAAACGACAUUUUACAAAGGUGAUCUACCUCUGCAACAGUUACGUUCUCAGCACAGACUUAGCAGAAGAUUAGAUUCUAAUGUCAUAAACAGUGUAAAAUCUAGUUUUCUCAAACUUGGCUACAACUUGAAUGAAUUCCAUAGUUUACCCGGCGAUGGGACGCAAGGAAGCCGUGAAUUAUUGUUGGCACUUGCCUGGUAUCUUGGCAGAAUGAAACCACUCGAUAAAUACAUUAUUAGAUGCACGUCUGACAUAAUACACAUAACAAAUAUUAUCAGUGAAGACACCACAGGGGUGAUAGAACUUGGGACAUGUGGCAGCAAAGAAACAGACAGAAACAUAGAACAUGUAAAUGAUGGCUCUGUGGAAGAGAGGAGUGCAAUAGAACAUUAUUAUCGACUGAGUGUGAAGGAUAAGGCCAACUAUUAUGCCUGGCUUUAUGGAAAAGUUCUUUUUAGUAUUCGUAGUCUUCAUGCUAUUCAUAGCGAACAGACCAAGCUCAUGCAUCGAGUGCACUGUGGCACCGCUGGAGUGCAUGUAACAGACUAUGCAAGCCAUCUCUCAGUGCUACAUGCCUACCUGCUGGAUAAACCAAAACAACUAUCACGGUACCUGGAAACGAUAAGGUUCAAGAACAGCCUAAUGGCACUGCUGUUGAAGUGGAAGGCAAGUGAAGGCAUUUUCUGGAGAUGGAUCGCAAGUAUAGUGGAUGACAAGAAAAUGGGGAGAACGUCCAUCAAGUGUACGAAUGUUGCUGUUCAUGGCUCUUUAGAAAAGAAAUCCAUACAAGCGCCUGAAACGACUGCAGGUCACGGAUGUUCAGGCGAUGCAGAUGUAAACACAAUUGAACAAGAAAAGUCAAGCCGAAAUCUAGUCCGUGAACAACUAUUGAAAUCCACUAAAAAUUUGUUGUUAUCAGAAUAUGUUUACACAAUGCCUCCUAAUCCAUGUACGCAGGUGGACAGGGCAAAUGCAGUACGAGAUAAACCACAUGUUCACGAUACACAGGAAUACAUGAUGCUUGUGAAAGCUCGUUCGAUGCUGCUAGAGGAGUCAUACAAAAAAGCAUUGGAUGUUAAGAAAGUGUUAGAACAAAACUGUAAAUUUACAGGCUUUAUCAAACUUGACUACACACACAGCCAUUGAUAACGAUUUGUAUAUAUUAACGUA